CAUGCCAAAUGCAAUCCUGUGUUUGGCAAACAGCUGACAAAAAGAACAAAAUAAAUGUAAAUAAAACUAGUGAAAAUAUUUAAAUGGUGUAUUUUAGUGGAAAAUAAUGAGCUGGUUCGAAGCGAAGGGUCUAAAUUGGGCUAAAAGUGCACUAAAAGAAGCCGUUGCAUCCAUAGACAAAGCGCUCGAUAUACAAGAUGAAAAUGAGGGGUAUGAUCAAAAGCCUCAAAUACAAACGUCGACAUUGUCUACGUUGUCAAAUAGUGGAGCUGUGCGAAAACAAAAGCUACCUGGAGCUGCCAAUCGCGAAAAAAUUGACAGCGCAAAUAUGAUUACAACACAAAGUAGUACUGUUCCAAAAAAAUCCGCGGCUUCUGCACCGUCUACACCUAUGGUCUCGUCGACGUGGGGUUCAUUCACAGGCUCCUUUUUUGAUAAUCCAAAUUCACAGGAAACAAUUACAGCGCCACCCCGCACAAGCGCAGGUAGUGUGGAUAUGCUGGCCAUAGUGGGUGUUACACCGCCAAAUGAGGCAACAUCCAUGUCCGGCGUAAUAGAUGAAAAGGAUAUGUCAGCCACACAUCGACCAUCUAUUACUUCAACAAAUACCACAUCCGAUUCUGUUGAAUUGCUCUCCACACCAGCUGCGUCUAGUAGUUCCGAACUAAAAUCAUUAGGAGUUGAUGCUUCACCCUCUGUAGAGAUCCUUAGUGAAGCUUCAACAAUAGAAGGUGAAGUUGGAAUUAAAGAUAUGCGUAUGUCCGGAAGUGUUUCGCUGCCAGAUAGUAUAGUUAUUAUCUCGGAGAAAGAUCAAUAUGACAUUGAGGAAGAUUCAAUUUCGUUUAAAACCAUUGUGGGCGAUUUAACAGAAGCUGCGGAAAACGAAGAAAUUCACUCAGUACACUAUCCAAAUACUAUUGAGCAGCCCGUAACAUCUAAAAACAACUCUCCGAGUAAAAAAAUGAUUAUAUCCUUAGAGGAUACACGUAGCGACUCACAUAAUGCUGAUUCAGACUCUACGCAAAGCUUCGAAGAUGUACAAAUGCAGGCGACUUGCUCUGUUAGUCAAUAUCUAGAGAAAGUACAAGCGGUUUCGCCGGAAUCAGACGAACAGGCCGAUGCCUUAAAUUCUAAAACCAAUUCUUCACCACAUAAUUCAAAUGAUGAAAUGGAGACUACUACAUCUUCUGAUAUAGAAAUUAUAUCUAAUCCGAAUGGCAAUGGCGACUCCUCCAGUACAAAUAGUAUGACUCGUGCAAGUCCAUUGAAGUGGAAAAAACUUAUGACCGCACAGGGUAUCGGGCAGUCGAGCAGCAUGUCGACUUCAACAAAGAAAGGUCAUUUUCGGGGGCCAUCCGAAAUUUCCAUACUUUCUGAAGACUCACAAUCUGAGUUGGAUAAGCUGAUGCAUCGUAUAAGCGAGCUGAGUGAUACAUUAGAAGCGCGUGAGUUACGUUUGUUGCAGUUGGAACGUCAGAAUAUGGAAUUGCAAGAGCGCAAUACGGAAAUCGAGAACACACUAGAAACGCUAAAGACAAAUAGUGGUAGCAUUGAUACUGCAGAAGGAUUUACACAACGAUUAUCUGCAUUGGAGAAGAAAUUUCAAGCUAGUAUACGUGAACGAGAUGCGCUACGCAUACAAAUUAAGGACCUGAAAGAGGAGUUAAAACUCAAAAUCCCUAAAGAGCAGUUGAUUGAGAGCAACGUAAUGAUCGAUGAGUUGCGGCUGGAAGGUGAAAAGUUAUCAAAGGAAAUUCUGCAGCAAUCCAAUAUAAUAAAGAAAUUACGUGCAAAGGAAAAAACCAGCGAUGCAACGUUAAAAAAGAAUAAGGAGGAAAUUGUCAGCCUAACUGAAGAGCUUGAACGCCUCAAAAAGCAAUUAAACGCAAAGGAGGAGGUAGAACGUUCACAAAUCGAAGCUGUGCAUAAAAUAUCAUCGGAGAAGCGAAAACUGGAGGACGAAAACUCUCAGCAGCGUAGCAAGCUAGAAGACAUCCAGUCCAAAUUGUCCACUUUACAAGCGAGCUUUGAAGCUGCUAAGCUUGAAUUGCAGCAACGCACGCGCCAACACACAGAUCUCACGCGAACCGCAGAAGAAGCGAUUACCGCAAAGAAGGAAAGAGAAACACUCAAAGCUGAAAAUCAAGAAAUUUUAAAUCAGCUAAGUGAGUUGCGUGAAAAAUUACGUGGCACCGAGCAGGCAACAACAAAGCGUGAAACGCAAUUACGCGAAGAGAAUAGAGAACUGAUGAGAAGAUUGGAGGCGGCCGAGAUGCGUGCAGAAGCGGCUGCACAAGAGGCGAGCUUGACGACUGUGCCACUAAUGCGUCAACUAGAAUCGCUACAAAAUACGCUCACACAACGUACGAGUAAUUGGAAUCAGGAAGAGAAGAUCUUACUCGAUAAACUAGCUGCUGCGCAGACAAAGUUAAAAUCACUAGAGAAUGUGGAGACAAAAUAUGAAGAACGUCUUGAACUGUUGCAAAAACAUUGUACCGAGUUGGAAGACUCGCUAUCGCAAGCGCUACUGCGAGAGGAAAAGGCCAAAAUGAGUUUGCAGCAAGUACAGCUGGAAUAUAAUAUGAAGGAGACCGUCUUGAAAACCCAGCAAACCGAGCUCGGUAAACAAAUCGAGCAAUGCAUAUCCAAAAUUGAGACUUUGGAGCGUGCCAAUAAAGUAUUAGAAGAGAAAUUGCAUACCAAAUCUGAGGAAAAACAGGAAAGCUUAUUUGGGGUGGCUGAGCUCUCACAAAGUGGCAUUGCCGAGGCUACACGUAUAAUGCCGCUAACAGUCGCCGCAUUAGCGCCACAUGAAUUAGCUCGUCAGCAGUCACUGGAACAAACUCAUCGCUCCCAUUCGCCUGCCAUGAGCUUCGAACGCAAUUCACAGGAGGAGACGCUGGAGGGCGGUAGCAUUGAUUGGCAGGCAGAAGAUAUCGAUUGCAUUUCAAACUCUGGCCGCCAUUUGGGCAAUCUAGCUUAUGGCUUGAAUAUGAAUUUCAUGGGACAUAAUACAUCAACAUUGGAACAUUUACAAUCGAUGCUGAAACAGCGUGAUGGUGAGCUGGUGCAUAUACAAUGGGAGUUGGCACGAUUACAGGAAGGUCGCAGUGUGCUCGCGGAGGAAAUUGCAACCUUGACGACAGAGCUUGAAACAGCAAAGGAAAAGUUGCUUUCCUACGAAUCGCUGGACCAAAACUACGAGGAACUCCAGCAUAAUUACGAUGCGCUAUUGCAAAUGUACGGCGAAAAAGUGGAACGUACGGAGGAGUUAGAGUUGGAUCUUAAGGAGGCACGUGAGGCGUACAAGACGCAAAUCGAUGAAUUACUGUCCCAACCCUCACGACCUACCACAUGAUAUUUAUAAUCGUGCCGAUAUGCAAGUAUGAACCGCAGCGCCCUAAGUUGGCUGAGUCAUACGUACCGUCUGUUUGUUAUCUGAUUCCAUUUUAGUUAUAAUUGUAAUUAUGAUAUUGUAUGUAAUUAUGUUAUUAUAUUAAAUAUUUUAACCGAAGUGUUGGGGUGUGGCAAUUUAUGCUACAAAAUCGCAAAGUAUGAUUUAAUAAAGUCAUUUAAAUAAAUUCAAAUCAAAGAUU